AUGUCUGGUGAUCUGAAGGAUCUCAAGUCGCAGCUGCGGCAAAUCCGAAGUACGUUUGAUGGUGCAAAGCAGUUCAUUCAGAAAUUCAAGCGAGAGAAGCAUGAAGCGCAAAUAGAAACCAGGCUGGAGAUGCUGGAAGCCGCAAUGAAAAAACUAUACACUGUCCGUAGGAAGAUGGACGUUUUAUUGGAAGAGGCGGAUGAAAAAGAGCUUUCAGACUCGAAAGAAGCUCCGGAAAAUCGGGAAGCUCGACUGACAAUGCUCGCUGAAAAGCGAGAGGCUGAAAGUGCUUCUAUCAUACUGCAAACAGAAGACACUUAUUGCGAAUUAAAAGCAUCAUUGCAACUUCUCUUGGGUCAACCUACGAAAAACGCAGCUAAUCAAGAGGCUUCAGCAUCGGAGCAAGCAGUUAAAGGCGCCUUUUCAAGAGUGAAAUUGCCUGAAAUCAAACUGCCAACAUUUGGAGGUCACAUUCGUGAAUGGGUGACGUUUCGUGACAUGUUUUUAAGCCUCAUUCACCGGAACGUGCAGCUGAAUGAAAUAGAUAAGUUUACCUACCUUCGAUCAUCUCUUGUAGGUGAAGCAUUGCAAGAAAUCGGAACCAUUGAGAUCUCAGCUGCGAAUUACAAAAUUGCCUGGGAUCUUCUGCAAAAACGCUUUGAGAAUAAAAAACUCAUUGUCAAGGCCCAUUUGGACGCACUCUUUGCUGUAGAGCCAAUGAAGAGGGAAGGUCACGAUGCUUUAAACCAUCUCAUCAGUGAAUAUGAUCGAAAUUUGCAAAUGCUCGAAAAGGUAGGCGAAGACGUUUCCAGCUGGAGUACGAUUCUCGUUCACAUGGUAUGCUGUCGAUUAGAUUUAACAACGUUACGAAAUUGGGAGUCUAAUCACAGCUCUAAGGAGGUUCCCACUUACAAGGAACUAAUAGAGUUCCUUCGCAAUCAUUGUGGGGUUUUGCAGUCAAUUGUCCCUGCAACCGCCCAACUCGAGGCACGACGACCUAGAAACACCGUUAGUCAUGUACAAACUUCUACACAAUCGUCUGGUCGCUGUCCAUUUUGUGGAGAUGCUAUGCACUCGGCUUACAGGUGUCAACGUUUUCUGAAAAUGAAAGUAGCUGAGCGGUACGACAAGGUGAAGCGUUGCGGUUUAUGUUUGAAUUGUUUCUCAUCAUCCCAUUUGGUUCGGUUCUGCACAAAGGGUUUCUGUCAUCACUGCAAGCAGAAACAUCACACACUCCUACAUAGCGGAGCACGAAGCAACGAAGCAGCAUCACCGUCGCGAAAUGAUUACAUCGUCACUAACGCGCAGAACAGACCACCAACCACGAACACUUCACAGACACACUCACAGAACCAGACCACAUCUAGCAACACAACAACACCCUCUACGAACUCGCUCCCAAUCGCAAACACAAACAUGCAAUUUGAGAAUCACUCACCACCCACCACACAUCGUACACCAAUAAACAAUGCUAAUGCUUUCCCCGCAAAUAUAUACACUCCAUCCCGUCAAGUUUUAUUAUCUACUGCCGUAGUACAAGUAGUAGAUUCAUACGGCAACGCUCAAUUUGCAAGAGCUCUUUUGGACUCCUGUUCGGAAUACUGUUUCGUAACCACGAACCUAUAUCAAAAGCUUAAGUUAGCAGCGACAGCCAGCUUCCUGUCAGUCGCAGGAAUAGGAGGUUCCGUGGUUAAUUCGACGAAGGUAGUAGAAGCUUUAAUUGUCCCACGAUCACCGCAUAUCUCGACGUACAGCGAAACCGUUAAGUUGCAUGUUCUUCCGAAACUUACCUCUGUACUCCCGAUGCAACCGGUCAACAUUCAGACCCUGGCGAUUCCGACCAACGUCACUCUCGCUGAUCCUCGUUUCUAUGAACCUGGUCCGAUCGACAUGAUCAUUGGGGCAGAGUGUUAUUACGACUUACUGAUUGAUGGGAAAAUCAAACUAUCUCAAGAUGGACCCACUUUACAGCAGACAGUAUUCGGCUGGAUCGUAUCUGGUCGCGUUCCUGGUCAUCACGUUGAAGAUACAAGAACCGUCUCCCAUGCUUGUGCCACUGCAGACAUUCGUGAUCUUCUAGCAAAAUUCUGGGAAUUAGAGUCAUGCCAUAGCAAGAGUAUAUAUUCAGUAGAGGAAUCGACAUGCGAAGAUCUGUUUCAUCGAACAACGACACGUGAUCCAGAGGGCAGAUAUGUGGUUACUCUUCCAAAAAAGCAGUAUGUGCUGAGGCAACUAGGCGAAUCCAAAUCCAUCGCAACGAAGCGAUUCCUUGGACUGGAAAGACGAUUCCAGUUAAAUCCAGAACUAAAAGUGCAGUAUCAGGACUUCAUAGACGAAUACCAACGUCUGGGACAUAUGAAACUUGUUCCCGAGGAUGAAGAAGAACCCGUCCCGGUUUAUUAUUUGCCACAUCACGCGGUUAUCAAACCCGACAGCAUAACCACCAAACUGCGGGUUGUUUUUGAUGCUUCCUGCAAAACAUCUACCGGUAUUUCACUGAAUGAUGCUCUAAUGAUUGGGCCGGUAGUGCAGGAAGAUCUCCUUUCGAUCUGUAUCCGCUUUCGUUUCCACCGAGUUGCAGUAGUAGCGGACAUAGAAAAAAUGUACCGCAUGGUGAAGGUUCAGUUAGACGAUCAACAUUUGCAACGGAUUUUGUGGCGUAGUUCCUCUGAUGAACCGAUUCGGAGCUACGAGCUAACUACGGUCACUUACGGGACCGCCUCUGCGCCAUAUUUAGCAACCAGAUGUUUGAAACAGCUAGGCUCUGAGGGAGCAGCUGUAUUUCCUCGAGCAGCGAAGUCUUUGAAGGAAGACUUUUAUGUCGACGACAUGUUGACAGGAGCAGAUUGCAUUGAAACAGGCAAACUUCUCAUUGGAGAAAUGAUUCAAUUGACAAACUCAGCAGGUUUCAUAUUGAGAAAGUGGGCCUCAAAUGAACGUGAGUUACUAAAUGAGCUUCCAACUCAAUUACUCGAUGAUCGCGGAAUGCUGGAAUUAGAUUCGUCCAGCGCACCGGUCAAGACCUUAGGACUAUUGUGGGAGCCCAGGUCUGAUAGUUUCACAUUUCGUUCCCCCUGCUGGAACGACAAGUUACCAAUCACCAAACGAGUCGUCUUAGCCGAUGCUUCACGGCUGUUUGAUCCUCUUGGACUCAUCGGUCCUGUUGUUAUACAGGCAAAGAUUUUCUUGCAACAGCUUUGGAAGCAAAAGACUGAUUGGGACGAUAUUUUAAACGAAGAGCUACAAAAUACAUGGCGGGAGUAUCGCAGAAAUCCGCUAACAUACGAUGAGUUGAACACAGUUAUUCAGCAAGUAGCAGCUAUUCUGAACUCACGUCCAUUAACCCCUUUGAGCAAUGACCCACACGACUAUAGGCCUCUCACACCAGGACAUUUCUUGGUUGGUAGACCACUAACAGCCGUUCCGGAACCCGAUCUGCAGAGCAUUUCGGAAAAUCGGCUAUCGCACUGGCAGCGAAGCCAGGCUUAUGUACAGCGAAUUUGGAAGAAGUGGAAAACCGACUAUCUUUCAAACUUACAAGGCAGAACAAAAUGGAUCAAGAAGAGAGACAACAUCAAAAUCGAUACGAUGGUAGUUGUCAAAGAAGAUAACCUUCCCCCACAGAAGUGGCGACUGGGUCGCAUAGAAAAGGUUUUCUACGGCACAGAUGGCAAUAUCCGUGUCGUCACAGUCCGUACCAAGGACGGUCUGUUCACCAGGGGCAUAGCAAAAAUAUGCGUGCUUCCUAUUCCAGAUAACAUUGAAGCAAAUCAAGGAGAGAAUUAA